GCGAGUUUGUGUGGGCUGUUCCCAGUCUUGUUAUCAGAGGCCCAAAGAGGCCCAACGAGAAUUCGCAUGGCGCUGGCGCUGCUGACGCUGGCUUUCGCCAUUGCAGCUCGGAUGCGCGCCGAGGGGACCAAGCGCCAGCACAUAUGGCCCAUGCAGAAGGGCUUCGGCACCAGAAAUGGCACGUCGCCCUACGUGAUGCCCGACAUCUCAAAGGGUCCUGCGUGGUCUUGGCAGGGGCCUCACCUCGACGUCUUCCGCGCCGGGCCCGCCAUGGACGAUGAGAUGAACAUCUAUGUGACUGCCGUCAGCGGUCGGACCUACAAGUUCAGCCCAGAGGGGAAGCAGCUCUGGGAGCACUUCACGGGACCCGCGCGGCAAGGGGUGUCAGGUGUGCCCUCUAUGGGCGAGGACUUCCUGGUGAUGCUCACGAGGAACGGGUACCUCAUCUCCCUGGACUUGGAGACAGGAGCUGAGCGCUGGGACCGCAAGGUGGCCCCGAUGACCGGCCUCUCUUGCGACUCCAUUCUCAUCGAGGGGAACCUGGCCAUCAUCGCUGUGGCGGACCCAGUUCCGCCGCUCGUCGCCUUGGGGGUGCAUAUGCAGGUGUCCGUUGAAAACAACGUCGUCCUCGGGAUAGACCUGACGGCGGGGGAAGAGAAGUGGCGGUUUUUCCCGGCCAUGGAAUGCUACAACUUCCAGGCGGCCACGAUCGGGGACGGCAGCUUUAUCUUCACCGACAAGACGGGGGCGCCGUACCGAGUCACCCUGAGCGGGGAGAAGAUCUGGUACACCGGUGUGACGGACCGCAAUUCUGCCACCACCGGCGCGGCGGUGAUCUACGAGGGCAAGGUCUACACCGUCAGCAACGAGGGCGGCAGUCAUCAAACGGCGGAGGAAGGGCAAGGCCUGCUCUCAAUGUACGACUACGAGACAGGUGCCCUGCUCUGGAAGGUGAAACUGGGCCUGCCUGGCAUGCAGGCAGCAGCCGCGGGACAAAUAGCCGGCGUGCCUGGCCCCUCCCUGGUGAUCGGCAUCGGCAAGAACCCUGGGGCUCCGCUGCUGGUGCGCGCCUCCAUGGUGCUGCCUCACAUCCUGACACUCUUGCUGGGACUGCCUGCGCAUUUGCUGAGCCUCUACUUCCCCCACCUCUUCGCCUGGAAGCAAGAGCGGUCGAUCGCCGCCUUCAACGCCCAAACUGGCGCACUGAAGUGGUGGUACCGCUUGGAGCCCUGGCAACAGCUGUCUUGCGCCGGGGACUCCGAGAAGUUUCUGGACCGAUACAAGGCCAUGGAGAGUGGUGAGAACCCCACCAAUGAACCAAUGUGCAUGCCGGACGCCAACGCGCAGCCCGUCAUCGAUGCCGCUGGCACAGCCUUCGUGCCCUUUCAGGACGGCUCGAUCUACGCUGUGCGAGAUGAGAACGGGGACGGCCAAAUCUCGCCCGAGGAGAUCAAGGCGCGGCGGGUGGGGGACGCCUUCCAGUCCUCGCCAGCCAUGGGCCCGGGCAUGAUGACGGUGGUGGACUGCGGGGGCCGCCUCGAGGUCUUCAAGUGAGGCGCUGAGCGCUUGCCUUUCGCAGACGAGCGACCA